AUGCACAGAUACAAAGCGAAUACUAGGAAUAAACUAACAGAACAAAAGAUAUCAUGUCCCAUUUGUAGUAAAUUAGUCCCAUAUUCUAGCAUUAAUUCUCAUUUGGAUUUAUGUUCUCAAAGGCCUUCGAAUAAAAGAUCCCACAACACAGUAACUGCUGAUGAUGGUAAAAGCUCAAUAUCUAGCAUUUUAAUGGGUCCGAGUCAGAAGAAACAGAGGGUGUCAUCACAAAGUACAAUUAUUGAUUUAGAUGCAGAUUCUGAUAAGGGAAGAAUACAAGAUGAUAAUGAAAAUGCAGAUGAUCGUAAAAACCCUGAAUUAGAGAUAAAGAAGAUAGCAGUAGAGUCAGUUGCAAAUUUUAGUAAGAGCAGUGAUGAAGAUAUUAACAACAUUAAAUAUUUACAAAAAAUAAGUCAUCUACCUUUAUCCGAAAAAUUGAGGCCCAAAACCCUGUUAGAAUACGUUGGACAACAGCACAUCCUAUCUCAAACAGAUGGUACCCUAUAUAAAUAUAUUGAGCAAGGUAUUAUACCGUCCAUGAUAUUGUGGGGACCUCCUGGUGUUGGGAAAACAUCAUUGGCCAGAUUACUAACUAAAGCAGUUACUAAACGAUAUUAUAUGAUAGAGACCAGUGCAACCAAGGCUAAUACCCAAGAACUGAGAAGUAUCUUUGAAAAAUCAAAGGCUGAAUUUCAAUUAACCAAAAGAAGGAUUAUAUUAUUUAUAGAUGAAAUACAUCGUUUCAACAAGUCACAACAAGAUUUAUUAUUGCCUCAUGUAGAAAGUGGGGAUAUAAUUUUGAUCGGUGCAACUACAGAAAAUCCAAGUUUUCAAUUAAACAAUGCAUUGAUUAGUAGAUGUCAUGUUUUUGUAUUAGAAAAGUUAAAGGUUAAUGAGACUCAAAUAGUUCUAUCUCGUGGGAUUGCAUUAUUAAACAAAUUAAGGAAAUUUAUUUGGAAUGUCAGCAAUCCAUUAAAAAUAUCUAGAGAUGGAUUGGAUUAUAUUGUAGAUGUUUCCAUAGGCGAUACUAGACGUGCAUUGAAUUUAUUGGAGAUGGUUGAAGUAUCUACUAGAACUAUUGUAUCAGAUAACCCAUUAGAUGCAGAAUCGAUUAGGAACCUUGUUAAGAGCAAUAGUAGUAAUGGGUUCAAUACAUAUUAUGAUCCAAAAGGGGAUAAUCAUUAUGAUACUAUCAGUGCAUUUCAUAAAGCAAUAAGAGGUAGUGAUGAAAAUGCAGCAUUGUAUUAUUUAGGGAGAAUGCUGAAGGGUGGUGAAGACCCGUUGUAUAUCUCUAGAAGAAUGAUAAGAAUAGCAAGUGAGGAUAUUGGUAUUAGAGAUAAUACCAUGUUACCAUUGGCUGUAGCUACACAUGAUGCAGUAAUGAAGAUAGGUUUACCUGAAGCAGAUCUGGCUUUGGUACAGUGUUGUGUGGCUCUUGCUAGAGCGCCUAAAUCUGUUGAAAUAUAUAGAGCCUGGAAACAAUUAAAAACAAUGUUGGAUGAAAAUAAAUAUUCGAUGUCAAGCAGUGAAAUUCCUAUGCACAUUAGAAAUGCACCAACAAAAUUGAUGGAGGAAUUAGGAUAUCAUAAAGGUUAUAAAUAUAACCCAGAUUAUAAGGAUGGUGUGUGUAAACAGGAAUAUUUUCCACAAGAAGUGUUGGACAAAUGUGAGGACCCAGAAAAAGAUUUAAAAUUUUUGACAGGAAAACAUUUUGGCACUAAAAUUGAUUCAGAGUUGAAUAUGAAAAGUAAAUGA